CACAAUCCCUGAAUUCACCAGAAACCCUAACCCUAGGACCUGAUUCCCAGAAAAAACGAACUGUAUGUGUUGAAGAAGAUCAAACCCUAGUUUUGAAUAUCCAGAAGGAAGAAACCCUAGAUUAAGAAUCUGAAAAGAUUGAGACUGAACCAGAGAACAUGAUAAAACGAACUCUAGAUGUUGAAUAAGAUCAAACCCUAGUUUUGAAUACCCAGAAGGAAGAAUCCCUAGAUUCAGAAUCUGGGGAGAUGGAGACUGAACCAGAGAACAUGAAUACUGAUGAAGAUGGGCCUAUUGUAAAGGUGGCAAAGUCGUUUUCUGUGCCUUGUUUUCUCAUGAAAGUGUUCAAAAAUGAGGUGGGUGAAGGUCGUGGUGGUGAUCACAAGCUGUUGGUGAUUGCUGUCCAUGCUGUUCUAUUAGAAUCUGGAUUUAUUGCGUUCGACCCUGUCUUGAAGAGGAAGAUUGAAGGGUUUUACCUUCCUGAUGAACGCCCAUCGUUCGCUUUCACUAUGUCUCUGUCGUACACUCUUCCUGAGCUCAUUGUUCAGGGAUCUUCUGCAGUUGAAACUGUUGUAUUGAAAUUUCAGAGAUUGGGGAAUUAUGUUUGCAUCUAUGGAUCUUUGACUAAGAAUGGUUCCGGGAUAUAUCGGUUGUGCUUGGACGAGAACCGUUUGGUUCCUGACUUGAAUGUUAUGUGGGGCAUUCUUGAGAGCAUUGAUAAAGGCAUCUUCCUUGAUAUAUAUCCCGAGAGGCAAGUUUUUGAAUUUUGGAACAAUGUAAAGGACAGACUUGCAUUGCCCCUCUUAGUAGAUUUAUGUGAGAAGGCUGGUUUGGCGUCUCCGCCAUGCUUUAUGCGUCUCCCAUCUGACCUUAAACUUAAGAUUUUUGAAUCUCUCCAUGGUGUUGAUAUUGCUAAAGUAGGAUGUGUUUGUUCAGAAUUGCGCGAUUUGUCUUCAAACGAUGAUUUAUGGAAGCAAAAGGUUGUGGACCAGUUUGGCCAUGUGGAGGGAUCACAAGAGGGAAGCCACUGGAAAGAGAAGUUUUCAAAUUCCUGGGAGACUAGGAAGAGGAGUAAGGAAAGUGGUAUGUUCGAGUGGUUUCCUGUGAAUUUUGAACAUUUUCAACUUUACGGUCCAAAUUACCUUUAUGGGGUUCAAGCAGUUAUCGACGGAGAUGAUGACAUAGAGCAGCCUGCCUUUCAUCCUGGGUGGCCUUUGUGAGACCCCAUGCCUAGUCUGGCAACUUUGGUUUCCCUCAUUGUUAUCACAUUGGAGGUAGUAUUUAUGGAUACAGUAAGUUUAUGUAUGUAUCAGUGAGUGCUUGGUUAGGUUUUUUGGAAGAUAAAAAGACAUUUUGAAGCCAUAUUUUUUGUGUGAAAAAGUUUAACUUGGGUUUUGAUGUUUACAUGAAUGAUCAAUACUUUGUUUUCUGUUUGUAGUGGCC